AUGUCCGACGACGCCGACCCCGAGCUCCUCGCUCUGCUCCGCCAGGCCCUCGGCAUGAACGGCCCUCCCCCCCGGGACCUCACCAACACCCGCGUCCUCGCCUCCGCCGAAUUCAUUUACGAUAACAGCACCGACGUUGCCCUUGACAUGCGCAGCACGCAGCGUGCCGCCGCGGUCCUCUGGACGCAGAUGCAGUCGCGGGACUACACCUCGAAGUCCUGGGCGGCGCACGAGUUGCAUCCAACGGCGAAGGAUGCAUCGACGCUGGACUUUGUGUUUACGAUGGAUUUGCUGAACUUCUGCUUUUGGUCGGAGAAGGGGGAGGGAGAGGGGGAGGGGGAGGGAUUUGCGGUGGAAUGGAAGGGGAAGCGGUGGACGGGGUAUUGGAGCUUAGUGGCGGCGUUGUGGCGGGCGCUGGAGGAGGGGAUCCCCAUCACGUCGCAUGCUUUCUGGCAUGUCGAGGAGGAUUGUCCGGACGAGAAGAUCGCUUACGUUUUUCGGUCCGCGACGAAGGAGGAAAUGCCCCUUUUGAAGGAGCGGAUCAAGUGCAUGCGCGAGGCAGCUCAGGUUCUCUGCGAGGAGUUCGAAGGAGACCUCGUGAAUUUGAUCAACCGAGCCGAUAAGUCUGCGGCUGCGCUGGUAAAUAUCCUCGCCGACCAUUUCCCCUGUUUCCGUGACGAAGCGCGAUUCGAAGGCCGCAACGUCCGGUUCCUCAAACGCGCGCAAAUCUUCGUGGCCGACCUGUGGGCCGCGUUCGAGGGGGAAGGCUGGGGCGAGUUUCACGACAUAGACAGGAUCACCAUGUUCGCCGACUAUAGGAUCCCGCAGAUGCUGUACAAUCUGGGCUGCCUCAGCUACAGCCCGCCCCUGGAGAGCAUCGUGCGACGGCGGAUCGAGAUCGAGCCGGGCAGCAGCCGGGAGGUGCAACUCAGGGGCUGCUCGAUUUGGUGCGUGGAGCAGAUCCGGCGGGAGAUCGUGCGCCACCAUCCCGAGGCGACCGUCAAUGCCGUCCUCAUCGACUUCUUGCUGUACGAUAUCGCGAAGGAGCUGGAGGCGUCCGACAGUCUAGACAUUCCGCAUCAUCGCACCCGAAGUAUCUGGUAUUGA